ACACAUUUGUUUGGUGAUUUGGUCCAGUAAUUUCUCCUCCAUUGAUAUACAUUCAAAGGCCCAAGUGAAAAGUAUGCCAGGAGCCCAUAUAUAGGGCCCAUUAAAAUUAUGAAAGGGUAAUUUUGUCUAUUCAGUAUCCCCAGCUACUGACUAGGGUUUUUGCUCCUUUUGCAUCUCCGCUUAUUUAGAACAACACAGACAAUUCUGCUCUCUGGUGGCGCGGCCUUCGCACUUGCAGUCUUUGAGGUACUCUUCUAUCCGCAUAGGCAUUUGCACAUAUAUGAACUACAAUCGUACGGAUAAUUCAUAACGUCAAGUUCAAUUGCUUGCCAACGUAGAUCUUUUGCUGCAGUUGAUCAGGUGUUUUUGAGCUUUUGGUUAGUAAAUCAAUCAGCCAAGAUGCAGAACGAAGAGGGUCAAAACAUGGAUCUGUACAUUCCCAGGAAAUGUUCUGCCACCAAUCGGCUUAUCACUUCGAAGGAUCAUGCUUCUGUCCAGAUCAAUGUUGGCCACUUGGGGCCUGAUGGAGUUUACACUGGUCAAUUUAGUACUUUUGCUCUCUGUGGUUUCAUUCGAGCUCAGGGAGAUGCUGAUGGUGCCCUUGAUAGGCUUUGGCAAAAGAAGAAAGCCGAAAUUCGACAAUAACAUGUUAACUAAACUUCCUGAAGAAAUCCAUUCAAUCCGUGGGCAAAAUGGGCCAUUUUUCUCUGCAGUUUUUUUUUUUUUUUGAUAAAUUUCUAUAUUAGACGUUAAAAAAAAUCAAGAUUUUAGCUUUUAUGUUUUGAUGAUUUAUAGUGCAUCUUUAGUUGUGGAAGUUUGAACCUUCGCUAUUUGCUAUUUGACUGGUAUUGUUCAUUGCUGACAUGUAACAUUGAGAUUUUUCCGUGAAAUUUGAAGUUUGUUUUGUUCGCAAGGUGAUGGCAUUUCAAACA